AUGGCUCUCGGUUCUGAAAUCGUAGAGCGUGACUUGUGGAUAGCAUUGGAUGAUUUGAGAAAAUUAGGCAAGUUGGAAAAAUAUGGUAUUGCAGGUAAAAUGUUUACUAUACUGGUUGAGGAAAAAGAAAAUAAAAUUAAAGAAUGGGUUUAA